CAGGUCGCUGUAUUUAAUUUUGCCCAUGUCCCCGGCGUCGUCAGCUACGGCGCCACCAGUAAAGCCACCGCUGCCGCCUGAGAUCGAGGACUUACACGCCUCAGCGGUGGCGCAGGGCCAGGAGACCUACACGGACCCCGCCACUGGCUACAUGGUCAUGACUGCGCUCUAUCACAGGCGACGCGGCCACUGUUGCGGUAACGUUUGUCGGCAUUGCCCGUACGACUCAGUCAAUGUGGGGAAAAAGAAGGUAGACUGGGUGAUGAGCGACGGCAGCAAAUAUACAGCCAAGAAGGCCGCCGCCUUAAGGAGGGCUGCGAAAGACCACGGGGCCAGCCCGUCGGCCGGAGAGGGCGAUGACCACGGAGGCCACGGCGGGGGGCAGGAAAAUAGCGGCUCCGACCAUAAUUCAACAGUCCAAGUCCUCACCACGGAACUUGUUAAGGGCAGUGCAACUGCGAAGAUGGGUCAAGACGAUGCCGAAGGCAUGGCAAAUGUUGCGAAUCCGCGCGAGACAGGGGUCUUCGCCGUCAGACCAGCUGUUGUUACAUCCGCUCUACCAGGCCGUUCAUCGCUCCAAGUCGAUGGUCAGGAUCUUUUGGGAGCUUCGUGCUUGCAUACAUCACGUUGAGCGACCAAAUAAAUAAAUGCCAUAAUUGAAGUCAUGGCGGUCAGGGGCUGACAAUUGGAAAGACUGAUGAAUCAAAGAACGGCUCGGAUCGGGGUUAGACAA